AUGUACGCCCCUACUCUCGCGUCUGAUGUGGUACAACUGCCUGAGGUCCAAGUGCUAAAUGAACCAGAAUCUUCUGUUGGGACGCUUCAGGUGCCUCCUCCUUUCGCACAGCACCAAUGGGAUACUAUAUUACGGCGACAAAGAUCGCGGCCGAAGGAUGGGAAAGGGGUCAAGUCUACUUCGAUGCCCUCAAUAUUCGUCAACCUCUCUAAUCUUUUCGAAUUCGCUGGCUGGGGCACCUUCGACAACCUUACCUUUGCUCCAGAGGAUCUGGCCCAUGGCAAAGCCAGCAUACAAGCCGUUCGGAGAGAUCGAAUUCUUGGCCAAUUCACUGCCAGCGCUAUUGCUGGGAAUGCUGUCCUUGGGAGUGUCUUUUAUGCACUACCCGCCGUGGUUGCCAUUUCGAGCGUAUACGCCCCCAUUUCCCUAUUCGUGGCGUGCCUGUCCAUGUUUCUCUGGAGGCCAAUUAUGGAAGAGCUUGGGUCUGCGUUGCCUAUAAAUGGCGCACCAUACACCUAUUUUAACAAUGUAGCCAACAAGAAGGCGGCUUUGAUUUGCGCAAGUAUACUUGUCUUAGACUUCCUUUCAACAGCGGUCGUGUCUGCAGCUACAGCAACGUCUUAUCUAUCGGGAGAAGUUGCAUUGCCAUUUCCAGCAUGGGUUGGGGCAGCGUUCAUCCUCGUCGUAUUCACCUUUCUCAGCCUAACCGGAGUCAGGGAGAGCGCGCGCUUAGCCCUCGCUAUGCUAUCUUUCCAUAUUUUGACUAUGAUUGUUCUUAUGAUCGCCGCUGCGGUUCACUGGGCUCAUACUGGAAAUGAGAUGCUCAGAGAUAACUGGAAUGCUGGUAAAGCAUCAUCAUCGAGCGGCAUGGCCCACCAGAUUUUCAACGGAGUCUGCUUGGGUGUAUUGGGCUUGACUGGUUUCGAAACCACCCCUUCGUACCUUGCCAAGAUGAAGACCAAUGUUUUCCCUCUUGUGCUACGGAACUUGCAUUACCCCGCGAUCCUAUUCAACGUGAUAUUAAUGACCUCCAUCCUCGCUAUUAUCCGUCUCCCAGAUAUUACCUCGGGAGCUAAUAUAUUGAGUCUCCUUGCUGACAAGGUUGGCGGCCCGUGGCUAAGAAUCUGGAUUGUCGUUGAUGCCAUGGUUGUUCUCUGUGGAGGCGUCCUCGCGGGAUUUGUGAGCUCCUGUCAGCUCUUCGAGCAACUAGCGCUUGAUCGUAUCCUACCUCAAUUUUAUUUACGGACCAUGCGCAUCACUUCUUCGCCGUAUAUCUCCAUCUUCACCUGUGCCAGUUUGUGUGCGCUUCUAUAUGCCAGUGCCGCAGCAGAUCUUUCUCUCCUCUCGAAGAUGUUCUCAUUCACCUUCUUGUGCACCAUGGCCACAUUCCCUUUCUGCUUAUUGUUGCUGAAGUUUCACCGCGGACGUCUACCUCGAACACCACAUACACCUUUGUUAUUGGUCUUUGUGACAAUGUCUGUUUCUGCAGUAUUGAUUGCUGGCAAUAUAGCCAUUGAUCCCACUACAGCUGGAUACUUUGCUCCCUAUUUCAUUGGCGUCUUUCUUAUUUUCUUGAUCACCCAGAAUAAGGCGGGAAUACUUCGCUUCGUCUUAUGGUUCUAUGACCAUCAUUCUAGGUUCCAUUCGUGGAAGCUCACAAAGGGCUGGGGUGCCAGAAUAAUUAACAUCAUUGCGACUAUGAAGCGCCAGCCAGUGUGUAUCUUGGUUAAGGGAGAUGAGAUCCAUAUCCUUUCCAGGAUGUUGAUUUACGCGUAUAGGAAUGAAGUGACAUCUUGUGUCAAGAUAAUUCAUUUCACCGAUAACGAGAAGGGGAUGCCUUCCGAAUUAGAAGCUAAUGCGAGGAUUCUAGACGAGGCGUUCCCACAGAUCACGAUUGACUUGGUAAUCGUUUACGCCCCGUUCAGCCCGGUUAGCGUGGCAACACUGGCGCAUCGCCUUAACAUUCCUCCAUCCCUCAUGUUUAUGGGAUGCCCCGGGAAGGACUCCCCAUACGAACUCUUCGAGUUUGGGACGCGGAUUAUCACUUCGUAG